AUGCCGAGACUAAAAUCGGUCCGUGGACCCAAACGAUUGAGCAAAAAUGUUAUCAUUGCACAGGAAUACCAUAGACAGGAUGUGAACAAGUUGUUGAUCACCAUAAAGUUGCCCCCGGAGAAGCUAAAGCAUGCCAACGAGAAGCAAGACACAAGUGCUCCAAAUAGCAUUCUCCAAUCAGUGUCUAUACCCGGGCUUGACUCAAACACCACAGACUAUCAACAGAAUGAAGAUGCUACAGACUUGCUGAAUAUAUUUGACUUCGAUGCAGGGGAGUUUGAAGAGCUCGAAACGGCAUUGAACUUAGCUUUGAACCAACCUCACACUGACCUACUAAGGAGCAGCGGAAAUAGAGGUAUGGAUAUAGUUGAAGCCUUGAAAGCUAGCCCGAAGAGAAAAGCUCUGACAGGAGAAGGGAGUGAAAAACCUAAGGUGCAACCUGAAAAAGCUCCUCCGCAACCUGCAACCCCAGUGAAACGUCGAAAGCCCAACAAGACUUCUUCUCGCCUGCCUAGAAAAUCAGCUGACAACUAUAGGCCCAUACCUGCAAAUAUAGUGCCUAUUUUGGAGUCAGAGUUACGAGGACUCGAAGAUGAAGAUGAUGACGAUGAUACACCACAAAUUGAGGUGGUGGGGUUUUCUUUGAAAGAUCCUCUAGGUGGUAGUAAAAUAAAAUUACCUGUCAAAUCGAGGUUUUGCUCACAUUUUGAAUGCUUCGACUAUGAGAAUUUUUGCCUUUUCCAUAAAAUACCGACGUCUAUCAAGGACAUGACGCGGAAAAGACUAAUACAGAACAAUUUCAACGAGUUAGCAAGAAGAAAGAAUAGCACACAGUCAUCAUCACAAGAGUCACAGAGUCAAACAGCUCACCAAACCACCUAUCAACAAAUAAUGCCGUGUCUGACGAACUUUGGUGUCAACUAUAACUCACCCAUGGUUAUACAACAACUUAAACUUUCUCCAUAUGUCAAGAUUGUUGAUAAUCCAUUACCAGGAGAUAGUUACACUUCGAAAUUCGUCACACCGGGGUAUCAAAGCUGUCCAUUUUACUCUUGCCCCGUGUGUGACACCAAGUUUCCGUUGAAUGCUUUGCUAAUUAGUGACGCGUUCAAUUAUUUUGUCAAGAUUACUUCUCUGCUGGCGGAGAGAAUAGAGUUGAUCGGACUGCAAAAGUAUCGAGCUAUAGGAGAAACAGACCCGAUACUGAAAGCAGCUAACACAAACGAUGAAAACGUCUUUGUGCUCAGUUCAGAUGACGAGGAAGAGGAGAAGAUAAGACAGGAAUCGGCAACAAAACAGAAAAUGAAACUCGGCAAUUUUAUCAAUCGUUCUGCUCCUCCACCACCGCCCCCUGACUGGUUUGCACCGCCAUAUAAUAGAACGAAUCAUGACACAGAUCUGAACGACCAAGGAAACAGUCGUGAAGAUCCAAUAGUUUUGGAUUGA